AAGAGGCGAGGAAGCUCCCGCUGUCAGCUCAGCCUCAGCUCAAGAGAGAGAGAGAGAAGCGAAAUCGCCAUUAGAGCAAGGUACGAAGCUUCCGGUGACCCUCUUUUGGUUGUUUUUCAAUCGAAAGGAAUACUGAAUAGGGUUUGUAGAGGAAGACAAAGCUAUCUCUUUCUUCUACCUCGAAAGAUGUUUUCUUGGACAGAGAUCUUUGCUUGCUCGUGUAUUCCUCGAAGCUUCCUGCCGUGCCCACUAAAUGUUUAAAAGGAUUCAAGCUUGUUCUAUUAUGAGGAGUCAUUGAGGCUCGGAUGCAUCAGAAGUUUGCUGAACAGACUAUCUCAGAUUUUUUGCCUUUUUCUGUCUCAUUAACUUUAUCCCAAAAGCCAUGGCAGAUUGUGCAUCAGUUGUAGGCGUCCAAGUCACCAACCAGAAGCUUUUAACAGAAGAAGGAGAAUUGGCUGAAAUCGAAGCGCGGCUCGGCAUAUUGCACGAAAAAGUUGUCAACUUUGAUUCGGAUCAAUCCAUGAUAUGGGACCGAGACCCUGAAGAAGCUUCUGAAUUCCUGCAAGUUAUUGACGAAAUUCGGCAGCUUGUUGAUCGGUUGAUAACCUCGUCCUUGUACAAUAAGCUGCUAUGCUACGCAGAUAGCACCCUUCAGAUGGCCAUGUCUAGGCUUGAGGAUGAGUUUGUGCACCUGUUGAGGCAGUAUAAGCAGCCUUUGGAGCCUGAGCACAUGUCGUUUCGUUCUGUGGAAGACGAACUUUCAGAGGACUUCUCUUAUAGCUCAUUUGAAGAAGAAGCAAUUCAGGGUAGAAGCCAGCAUGACAGCAGCCGGAAAUCCGAAGAUUUUGUCGUCGAUCUCAUCCAUCCUGAUGUUUUAUGUGACCUCAGAUCCAUAGCUGAAACAAUGUUUGUUUCCAAGUAUGACAAGGAGUGCUGCCAAGCCUACAUUAGUGUCAGAAAGGAUGCACUAGAUGAAUGCCUUUCUGUUCUUCGUAUUGAAAAACUGAGCAUCGAGGAAGUCCUGCAGCUGGAAUGGGCGUCGCUGAAUUCCAUGAUCAAGAGAUGGAACCGAGCUCUCAAAGUUUUUGUUCGUGUUUAUCUUUCGAGCGAAAGUCGUCUUUGUGAUCUUAUCUUUGCGGAGUUUUCAGUGUCACUUAGACAGACAUGCUUUGUUGAGAUCUGUAAGAGUUCAAUCAUGCAAUUUCUCAACUUAGGGGAAGCCAUAGCCGUUGGACCGCUUAAGCCCGAAAAGCUUUUCAGGAUACUCGACAUGUAUGAGGGCUUAGCCGAUCUUCUCACCGACAUCGAAUUGCUUUUUCCAAACGAGUCAGGCUCUUUUGUUGUGAAUGAGUGCAAUGAGAUUUUGUCCAGGCUUGGUGAGUAUGUGAGAGGAACCUUUUUUGCGUUCAAGAAUGCGAUUCGACAAAACACAUCAACCACCGGUUUUGCCGGCGGCGGAGUUCAUCCUCUCACAAAGUAUGUCAUGAACUACAUCAAAGCACUUGCAGAUUACAGUGUGACCAUGAAUAUGCUCCUUGGGGAAGAAAAUGGGCUGCAGGAAGAGGCUAAUGGUUUAUCUCCUAUGACUACCAAUCUACAAUCUGUGACCUCAAUACUUGAGUCAAACCUUACCGACAGAUCGAUGUUAUACGUCGACGCUGCGCUGCAGAGCUUGUUUUUGAUGAACAACAUAUGUUACAUGGUUCAGAAGGUGAAGGACUCCGAUCUCCAGCCCAUUUUUGGGGACAACUGGAUCCGUUCGCACAAUCGGAAGUUCACCCAACACGCCACAAACUACGAACGAGCUUCAUGGAAUCCGGUGCUUCUUUUCCUGAAGGAUGAAGGCAUCAUCAACCAUGGUUGCAGCACUCCUUCAAAAACUGUUCUCAAGGAGAGAUUCAAGCGCUUUAACCAGGCGUUCGAAGAGAUUUAUAGGACUCAGAUAAAUUGGUCUGUUCCUUACGUUGAUCUCAGAGAAGAUUUGAGGAUCUCGAUAUCACUCAAGGUGCUGCAAGCUUACAGAACUUUCAUCGGAAGGUAUGCGAGCCAUCUCGAUGCGGUGCGGCAUCGCGAACAUUACAUUAAGUAUUACCCGGAGGAUUUGGAGUUGGCAUUGUUGGAUCUCUUCGAGGGGAGCUCUUCAAGGGGACGCCGAAGAUGAUGAAUCCUCAAAGAAGGCGAGCUUUGAGGUGGAUCGAGAAGGAGAAUCGGUGGUAGAAUAAUCAUGUUUUGUUCAUCUUUUGUAUAAUCUAAUUGAAUGUUGGAUGAAGUACUAAUUUGUUCAUGUUUGUAUGUUGAUGUACUGAUCUUAAUUCUAAGAGUUGUUUUGAUGAAAUAAUACACCUCAGUCAUUCAAAAUAUGGAGCAAAAGCACAUGUUGUUAUGAUAGUUUAGUAUGUUGAUGCAUGUAGCAAUAAUGCAAAAUGUUUGUAAUAUUCAUAUUAACU